GGGGUUUUCCCCAUAGCCGCUAUGGGCAAAAACAUUGUGGGAUUUUAUUUUGUCAGAAUAAUCCUCACACUUCCGGUAUCCGUUAGUUCUUUACCCGUUGGCUACAGCGAGUGUAGCGACCGUCCACCAGGUUGUAAAGUGCAACAGAAUGAAAGCUGUCGAUUAACUUUGCCUUUUUACGACCGCACAGACACGGAGCUACUUUGCUGGAUUAACCUUUAGCUCGUCAUUUGUGUGCCGGGAAAGAUCCAGCGGGUUAAACUGACAGCCGUCGGGGCCUCGUCGUCGUCGUCGUCGUGGCCCAGCAGGACUCGAGUGAAGUUGGGAGCGGACUGCCAAACUUCUGCUUCCUCCUGCGGCUCUCCGCGGGGCCCGGGGCUCCUGUCACCGGCCCUGUGGAUGAGGAAGUGAAUACAGAUCUAGCCAAGCCACCAGGAGAAAGGGAUCCCUUUGAUGGGAGAAUCCUCUUUCCUGGCCUCCUGGGUCAAUCGCCGUGCCAUGAUGAUGGAUGAACAGGAGGCGCUGAACUCGAUCAUGCAGGACUUGGCCGAACUGCACCGCUCUAGCCGUCCUGCCACGUUCCUGUCGGAUCUGGGAAAACCCAAAGCCUCCUCGCCCAAGAACCAGAACGAUGUCAGAGUGAAGUUCGAGUUCAAAGGGGAGAAGAGGAUCUUGCAGUUUCCUCGACCUGUCAAGCUGGAUGACCUGAAGUCGAAAGCUAAAGUGGCUUUCGGUCAGACGAUGGACCUUCACUACACCAACAACGAGUUGGUGAUCCCACUGACUACUCAGGAUGACCUUGACAAGGCCGUGGAACUGCUGGAUCGCAGCGUUCACAUGAAGAGCCUGAAGAUCCUCCUGGUGCUCCAGAUGUCCUCUCAGAACUCUUCCUCCAACAUGGACCUCUUGCCGUCCCACGAGGAGCUGGAUAACACGGGAUUCAGGGUCGCUGACAAGAAGAGUAUGCUGGCUUUGAUAGGCUCCCAUUCGACGGACCGCAGCUCCCCUCCUCCAGGAUAUAUUCCUGACGCGCUCCAGCAGGUGGCGAGGAACGGCUCCUUCACCAGCAUCAACAGCGAGGGAGAGUUCAUUCCGGAGAGCAUGGACCAGAUGCUGGACCCGCUGUCCAUGAGCAGUCCAGAAAACUCAGCGUCUGGAAGUUGUCCCUCUUUAGACAGCCCACUGGACAGUGACUACCCGAAGUCCAGGAUGCCCCGAGCGCAGAGCUACCCAGACAACCACCAGGACUUUCCAGAGUACGACAUCCCAGUGUUUGAGAAGUCGGGGAAAGGUGGAACGUACCCUCGACGAUACGGCAUUCCCUUCGGCCUUCAAGAUUACAGUGACGGGAGGAAGACCUUCCCUCGAGCUCGGCGAACGCAGAUUCACGGCUUCCGCUCGCCGGUCAGCUUCAGCCCGACCGAGCAGUCGCCGAGCACCAGCAGUGGCAGCAGCGUGUUCACCCCCGACAUAGAGGAGGCCCCGGGGCCCGCCAGGAGGCCGCGGAGGGGCAGCGACAUUGAACCCAAUCCCAACCCGACUAACGCUCCCACCCUGUCUGUAAUGGACAUCAGCCCCCCCAGCCGCUCUCCACGCGCACCAACCAACUGGCGUCUUGGAAAGCUCCUGGGGCAGGGGGCCUUCGGACGGGUUUUUCUCUGUUAUGACGCCGACACUGGACGAGAACUGGCGGUCAAACAGGUCCAGUUUGACCCAGAUAGUCCGGAGACCAGCAAGGAGGUGAGCGCGUUGGAGUGUGAAAUCCAGCUCCUGAAGAAUUUGUGCCACGAGCGGAUUGUCCAGUACUACGGCUGUCUGCGAGACACAAUGGAUCGAACGCUGUCCAUCUUCAUGGAGUACAUGCCUGGCGGCUCCAUUAAGGACCAGCUGAAGUCGUACGGAGCGCUGACGGAAAACGUGACGCGCCGCUACACGCGGCAGAUCCUGGAGGGGGUUUCUUACCUGCACAGCAACAUGAUUGUCCACAGAGACAUCAAAGGGGCCAACAUCCUUCGUGACUCGGUGGGUAACGUGAAGCUGGGAGACUUCGGGGCCAGCCGGCGGCUGCAGACAAUCUGUCUGUCAGGAACAGGCAUCAUGUCGGUGACCGGCACCCCCUACUGGAUGAGCCCAGAAGUGAUCAGUGGAGAGGGCUACGGCAGGAAGGCGGACAUCUGGAGUGUUGGCUGCACCGUUGUGGAGAUGCUGACACAGCGGCCCCCGUGGGCGGAGUUUGAGGCCAUGGCAGCCAUCUUUAAGAUCGCCACCCAGCCCACGAACCCUGUGCUGCCUGUCCACGUGUCGGACCACUGCCGAGAGUUCCUCAAACGGAUCUUUGUAGAGACUAAGCAGCGGCCUUCUGCUGAUGAGCUACUGAGGCACAUCUUUGUACAUUAACCCCUGAACCUUUAACCCCGCCCCCGCCUGCCUGCCGAACCGCCAGAAACGGCCUUACCUGAUGGGGCGUCCCUGCCUCUUCACCUCCACGCUGAAACCAUAUUGGACUUGAGGGAACUGGCUGGACGAAGGUGGGGUGCGUGUAGGCGGGGGGACCUGCUCCUCCUGUCUCUGUUUGUAUGAGGCUGCCAUAGAGGACAUGAAUUUUAUUUUUAUUUUUUCAUUCUGCAAGUUGCACCUUAAUUUCUCCAACGAGGAGGGCGCGAGCACUUCCUCCUGAAGCGAUGAAAAACAACUCUUUGAAAACCUGUUUGUUUUUUUAAAUGUUUGUACGGUCUCUCUCUUCAAACCUUUUUUGGAGUGGGAUAGUGUCGGUGUUGUGGACCUACAGGAGGUGAUGCCUGGCUGUGGAGUGGCCCCGCCCCAUCUCGCUGACCCGACCCCAGAAUGUAGUCUCCUGCCAAAACCCAGAGCGACGGCGAUGACCUGGGCCCGCUGCUAUAGACGAAACUAAACCCCAGAUGCAGAGAACACUCCCUGAAUACAGUUUCCACUCGCCUUCCCUCGUCUUUCUGAUCGCUCUGCUUUACUGUCUGUGAACUACCUUCCCUCCUCUUUCCUCCUCCAUCUUCGUUCUUCGCCGUGUGCCUUUUUUCUGUUUUUAAACGCAGCGUAGGAGUGAGUCUCGAGUUCGUGGUAGAGUCCCCAUUGUUCUCAGUGUUGUUUUGCCUCCCAGGUGAACCUGCCUUUGAACCGUUAGCCCAAAUGCAGCUGAUCUCAGUUCAGCCGUUAAAUCCGUUUCUGCCUUUCCUGUAACAGAGACUCCUGGUGUUGAGCAGGGAGCGUGCUGAUCUCACCUCAGCUCCUUCGGCUUGUUUUGGUGCUCUACCUGCUGGUCAGCAAAUAUCCCUCAGACUCCUGUGCUGGUUCUCACGCAGGGAUCCGUACUCCUGCUUCAGUCUUUAGAGAUGCACCUUUUCCUCCUCCUGCCUCUCAAAGUAUUCACUGAUCACGUUGGUCGAACUCUUGUCAUGGCAGAGGUGGGUUAGCUGUGGGGUUGUUGAUAAAUGUUGGUAAGUUCAGUCGUUUUAGCAGCUCACAUUCUGGAAAUGUUCAAACUGAUGACUGAGCAGAAUAUUUCAUUUCAAUCGCUGGAUGUAAACUGAAGUGUGCAAUGAGUCUGUUUUACAUCCUCCUGAAGAGCAACCAGACCUUUUGUGGCUCAAGUUAUUCAAAUCAGCUUGAAAGCAUCUGAGUCAAAGCUGCGAACACGAUUCAGUUGUUGCUUACGACUGACGAUAUUUUAUACAGAAUACUUUCUGCCAUGACAGCAGUUGAUUCCUCUGAGCAGUGAGGCAGGAGAGGCGUGUUGCCAGGCAAGAAGCUCACAGCUGAUUGGCCAGAGUUCUGGCUGUAUGACGCUGUACAGAUUUUGUGGCCAUACUUGAAGAGCUAUUUGCCUCGGACAUUUCCGUCUGCCUCACUAGCUGCUCAUCGUUGAUCCAACUGGUACAUCUGCAGGUAACGUGUCUCUUCAUUACUUCACUGCUGCAAUCGGUACCUUGUUUAUGUUCUCCAGUCGAGGCCACAUCGGAGCACUUUUGUUGUGUUUAUGGUUUUUGCGCCUCACAUGCACUCCUGCGGGUUAGGUUCACACUUGAGGCCGUUUACAGCUUCGUUCCUUUACAGCGGUCGCUGCCGUUGCCAAAUCAAAUGCAUCAACAUUAACUCGUCACUUUAGCCGAACCGCAAACGCUCCGUUCAAUAUGUGCCGCGUCUCGCUUGGCUCCCGUUGGCGUCUCCUCCCGGUCCGAGCUUCCAAAACGUCUUGUCUGUUGAAUAUGACUUUCGCAUCGAGGCUGUUCACACCGCCACACCGGCUCCAUAACUAUGCACCAGUAAACUCACCGGACAGCAGGAUUAAGACACACCUCUGCUUGUGUUGACCGUUUGUCCUGGUGGUGAUCAGCAACCAAUCAUGUCCCAGUCUGACUGUACGUCCAUAACAGACCACUUGCAUGCAUAAUAAUGACUUUAUUUAACCUGAUUAAUGCAGUAGUCUUCAACAUUUAAAGGUGAUUAAUCUGACCUCCAGUAACGCACCUAAAUCUGCACAGUUCUGUGAUCAUUUUGAGGCACCAGCUGCAGAAACCUAAAUAAUGUCUUAACAAAACAAACACGGGACUUUGCAGAGAAGGAAUGAGCUGAUUAUUAAACAAAUCCAUGUAGAGAAAUGUCUUCACUUUAAAGCGCUUAACUGUUAAUCUGACAGAAUAACCCGAGUCUUGGCGUGUGAUGUGUUUACACGUUUAAUGAUAGUAACAACAUGAUUUAAACAGCUUUUCUGCCACGCGUGCAGUAUUUAGGUAAAAUCAGACGGGAGUGAGUCCAAUGAGGCGCAGCAAGCGCGGGUGUUGAUGCAGAGCAGGUGGCUUUUAUGACGAGCCGUUCCUGCCGUUAAAGGUGCAAUCAGUAAUAUUUUACCGGCUCUUUGCACAAAUUAGCCGCAGUAUGCUGGUUCAGUCAUUUCAGUUACUUUUAUUUGGUAUUUUUAAAGAAGUUGGGUAUUCUCAGAACUCUAGACUUAACUACCCAGCAUGCACUUAUUGGUUUCUGUCUUCUGUGUUGGAGCAGAUUCAACCCUCACUUAUUCUAACUUCUAAACCACUUCACCUGAUUGGUUUACUUCUUGAUGGGGACGUGGAUGUGUGCUACUAUGGAAUUAAAAGUGGCGGAUAGAAAGGCGUCUAAUAGUAAUGUAAAAUGGACGGUACGAGACGUAAUGCACUUUUUGGUGAUCAGAAACACCUUAUUUUUAUAGUUUUAGAAAAAAAUUUCCCACAUUUCCCUGGAAAUAACUAUGUAGUUUAGUACGUAUGUAAUAAAAAGUAAAAUGGUGUUCUCAGUUGCAGUUAAUGAAUUGCUGAACGUCUAAAAAUAUGAAUUUUGCUCUCAAUUCAACAUAUAUGGAGAAUGAAGUGUCUAAUAUCCGAUGAAUAAUAAAUGGCUCUUUCCAGGAAUCCUUCUGGGAAAUGGUAAAAGAAAUCAUUUUCUGUUUGUAAUGCUGUUGCUGUAGUUCCCUGCAGCGACCGCUAGAUGCAACUAAAGAGACAUGUUUUACUGAUUGCACCUUUUUAUUAUUAUUUUUUAUUUUUUUUAACUUGUCCUCGUUAAUCGUUUGCUCAUCAAGCCUUUGUCUCUUCGCUGAGGUCAGUGUGAUUAUGAUUUAUCGUCACGAGUCGCCCCACGCCGAAUCACAGUUCAUGGAUUUUCUCUGAAGGCACUUGUUCAACCCGUCUGAAAUAGUCAGACUUUCGCUGCUUUGUGGUAAAAAACAAUUUCAAUUGUGCGUCAGUUGAUGGAUCCACACAACUUCUCUUCUUUGUCCGGGUAACUUAAACAAACUACUACUUCGAUCAGAUUAUGCAUUUUCAAAAAACGGUACACGUCAAAACAAAGCUACAGAAAAGAAAAACCCUUGAUCGGAUCCGCCUGAAAUCAUUAGUGGUUGUCUUGAGUUUGAGGCGGCUUACAGAAAAAGCCGCCAGCACUGUUAAACCUUGAUACGCACUACCAUCAUGCAUCUGAUUCACUGAUGCUUCUUCACGAUCCCUCGUCGGCUGUCGCUCACGCAGCUCAGUUCAGCGACCUUUUCUUUGCACAUUUAAAGACUGUUUGUUUGUUUUUUUUAAACACAAGUGUGAUUGUGAGCGUGUGUGUGAGAGAGAGAGCAAUGACUCGAAUACACGAAUGUAAUGUCUCCUCUUUUUUUUUUUUUUUUUUACCGUCAGAUGGCCUCGUUCACCAACGUGGAUUAACUCUUACGUACCAGUAUUUAUCACCUGCAAACGCCAAGAUACACCUGUAGUUCUCUCUUUAGUGUCUAAAGCCACUGCUGCCACUCCUGUGUGUGUGUGUGUGUGUGUGUGUGUGUGUGUGUGAAUGUGUGAGUGUGUAAACGUGCAUUUACUGCAUUUACUGCAAUUUGUGCUCUUUGGCCACUGCGCCCGAAAUGCCUUGAGCAUUCUGACUGUAGGGGGUGAAAACAUAAAAAUAAUGAUAAUAAUAAAAAAAAAUAAUCAUGUACAAAUGUAUAAAAUGAAAAUGUACCCUUUUUUUAAAGAAAAAGAAAAGUCCACUUAUAUCCCACAUGUUUGGUCUCUGUGUAUUGUAAAAGAAGCCAUGUUUAUAAUUCUAAUUGGUUUGUGACCAAUACGCCUGUUUAUAUCAGAUCUGUAUAUCAGUGGUACGCAUAAUUUUUUAAUAUAUUUUUUAUUUUACUUUUUUCUUUUUUUUUUAUGGGAGAUUUUAUUGCAUGGUUGGGUCCUGAGAGACGCAGCGGUGCCGUUGAAUGGUUGCUGUUUUAUUUGGCAAAAUUCUGGAGUAUUGCGACAGCUCUGUGUUCAUAAUUACAACAAUUAUGAUGACGAAAACAAUAAAGAUAUUUAUUUCACA